ACUUGUUAUCGAUAGACGCGCGGCAAACUUUUGCAUUUAGCGACGGCUUUUGUUUAUUAUUUUGUUAAUUUGCGUGGACUCCGGUAUGCAGGCAUUUUUGAAAACAGGAAAAUCCACGGCAGGAGCUGGGGAGAAGAGCCAGGGAGCUGCGGCGGGGCGACGCAAACCACCGGCUCCCUGGGUGGAGAAAUACCGGCCGCGCAAUGUGGAUGAUGUGGUGGAGCAGUCCGAGGUGGUGGCCGUGCUGCGCAAGUGCGUCGAGGGCGGGGACCUGCCCAAUAUGCUGCUUUACGGACCUCCCGGCACGGGCAAAACCAGUACGAUCCUGGCCGCCGGGCGGCAGAUCUUCGGGGACAUGUUUAAGGACCGCAUCCUCGAGCUGAACGCCUCCGACGAGCGGGGCAUCAAUGUGGUGCGCACCAAGAUCAAGAACUUCUCGCAGCUCUCGGCCAGCAGUGUGCGUCCGGAUGGCAGGCCGUGUCCGCCCUUCAAGAUCAUCAUCCUGGACGAGGCCGACUCGAUGACCCAUGCCGCCCAGUCCGCCCUGCGUCGCACCAUGGAGAAGGAGAGCCGGAGCACCCGCUUCUGCCUGAUUUGCAACUAUGUCUCCAGGAUCAUUGUGCCCAUCACCUCGCGUUGCUCUAAAUUCCGCUUCAAGGCGCUGGGCGACGACAAGGUUAUUGCUCGAUUGAAGCAUAUUUGCGAGAUGGAGGGCGUAAAGAUCGAGGAGGAUGCCUACAGGUCCAUUGUCAAAAUAUCUGGCGGAGAUCUGCGGCGGGCCAUUACCACCCUACAGUCCUGCUACCGCUUGAAAGGCCCCGAACACAUCAUCAAUACGGCCGAUCUGUUCGAGAUGUCGGGCGUUAUUCCGGAGUACUAUCUGGAGGACUACCUUGAGGUCUGUCGCUCGGGGAACUACGAGCGCCUGGAGCAGUUCGUGCGCGACAUCGGCUUCUCCGCCUACAGCGUUGGCCAGAUGAUGGAGCAGUUCGUCGAGUUCAUCAUCCACCAUCCGGGCCUAAAUGAUCCGCAAAAGGCCACGAUCUGCGAUAAGUUGGGUGAAUGCUGCUUUCGCCUUCAGGACGGCGGUUCCGAGUACCUGCAGAUAAUGGACCUCGGCUGCUGCAUCAUACUAGCCCUCAAAUGAGGCCCACUUUCCAUUCAACACAUUCAUUACAUGUACUUUUUUUUGCGACUGAAGUCUAAAAUAUAUAUUUAAUUUAAACAGUU